AUGGAAUUAGAACAAGCAAAACAAGAGUUGAAAAUGCUUGAAACCCUAUACCCAAAUCAACAUAACUAUCUCAAACACGAACUUAGAUCCUUCAUCAUUCAACAUUCCUAUUCACACCCUAUUCCACAGUACCACACCUCCCUCGCUUUCUUAGACACAGAAGAGUCCACCAACUUGGAGCAAACAAAGGGAUUAAAACUUGCUUUACCAGACAUAGAAGAAGUAAAGGAGAAGAAGAAGAAGGGCGCUGAAAGUUCCGAGCUUGAAUCUCCCAAGAGUGUUGUCGUUAAGCAUUACCCUAGUAGCAGAAAGAACAAGAGAAAAGAUAGGGUUGAUUUGGUUCUUGAAAGGGCACAAAAUUGUCUUAAAAAAAUUAGACAUUUCAAAACAUCCUUAUUUUCUCCUUGA